AUGGCUAAAACUUCUCUUCCUCUCGCCGCAUCCUUCCUCCUCCUCCUCAUCUCCUCCGCUGCUGCCGCAGACACCGGCCGUCUCUUUCUCACCGUCGUCAACCACUGUCCCUUCACCGUCUGGCCAGCCAUUCAGCCCAACGCAGGCCACCCCGUCCUAGAGAAAGGUGGUUUCGCUCUCCCAACCAACACCCACCGCUCCUUCCCCGCACCAACCGCCCACUGGUCCGGUCGCAUCUGGGGUCGAACCGGCUGCUCCCACUACAACGGCAGAUUCUCCUGCGUCACCGGAGGCUGCGGAGACCGUCUCGAGUGCAACGGUCUCGGUGGCGCAACGCCGGCUUCUCUCGCUCAGUUCGAUCUCCACCACGGCGGACACCAAGACUUAUCCUCCUACGGUGUCUCUCUCGUCGACGGUUUCAACGUUCCGAUGACUGUGACUCCUCACGAAGGCCGUGGAGUUUGUCCCGUCGUUGGUUGCCGUGAAGACCUCUUGAGAACGUGCCCCGCUCAUCUUCAGCUCCGGUCAGGACAUGGUGGACACGUGGUGGCUUGUAAGAGUGGGUGUGAGGCGUUCCGUACGGAUGAGUUGUGUUGUAGGAAUCAUUACAAUAGUGCUCAGACGUGUCGUGCUUCGACUCACUCUCUAUUCUUUAAGCACGCGUGUCCUUCGACAAUGACUUUUGCUCAUGAUAGUCCUUCGCUUAUGCAUGACUGUUCUUCUCCUAGAGAGCUUAAAGUCAUCUUCUGCCACUAAUGUGUCUCUCUUGUUCGGCUUAGUCUAUGGUUGUAAUGGUGAUAUCGCACCCAUCUUAUAUCUAUCUCUCUGGUUUGAUUGGUUUAGUUUGAGAUUUUCGAGCUCAGUUAUGCACUAUGUAGUCCAACUAUGAAAUUAUGUAUUAUCGUUAAAUUGCCUCUGUUUAGUUCUCUUUUUAUGAAAACUUAAAAAACAU